CGUGGUUAUGCGGUUCCCUUCUAUUGACAAGGAGGCUGACCUUGGAGCUGACUGAUGAAGUGCCAUGUGUGUUGGAGCCAAGUUUUGUAGCAGUUUAGAGCAGUCGAGCGAGCAGCGCCAUGGGUCAGGACGACGAAGAUAUUGAUCAACUCUUAGGUGAAAUCCCUCGGGCUACCUCGGCGCCUCCGCAUCUUGAUGAAUUCCGGCCGGGUCGGGACAGUACUAUUGCUCAGCAGCAGGAGGAUGGCUUGACCAGCUCGGAGACAGACAGCAAUUCUUCUGGUAUGUACCCGGAGGGAUUCACAACGUUUACGCCCCCACGGGCCGCAUUUGAUGCGUUUGGUUUUGGGCUGAGCAACAGCAAGAGCGUUAACAGGGGCUCGUGUACAACAACCAGUCACGACAGCGCCUUUCCGCAAGACGAGACGGGAAACUUGGUCCAGCUGCCUUCGAAUGAUCCCACGAAGUUUACCGGUGGUUACUUGGAAAAUGGCUUGUAUCGCCACUCUCAGCGGUCUGCGACCGAGUACUACGACUAUUUGCGAUCUCUGCAGCAGGACAGGAUACUGCAAGCGCAGAAGCAACAGGUCUUUCUCUUCCAACGUGAGCUAGAGGAGGAGCGGCAGCGGAGGGUACAGCAACAUAUCUUGCAGCAGCAAAUCCACGACCGAGCAGCUCAGCUCUAUGGUUUGCAAACUCAGGCGUUGCUGGCUGCCGCGGUUGCUCCAUAUCGGGCUGGACGUCAACUUCAACCUUCGGCGGUUAACAGGGACGUGUACCAUCGGCAGCCAACUUCUCAAGGUCAUAUAGACUCCAUUUGCCGCUACUAUGCUCAAGGUUAUUGCAGCCGAGGAGAUCAGUGCCCGUAUUUGCACAUUCAAGCGCCUGUAACGGGGAACCGAGCUGACAAGUAUCCUUCGCGAGCAGGCAAGUCGUCGGUAUCAAGAACAAGAAAAAAGCAGAGCAAUGGCGGUUAUGUUUAUGCCACUGGUUUAGAGAACGAGGACGCCGACGAGGACGGGUUUUACGGCUCGUCGAAAGCGUUAUUGUAUCAUGAUUUGCAGCAGCUGCAGCUAGGGAGCUCCAACGAGCAGGUGCUUAGAUACUCGUCGCUGAAGGAGGUAGAGGGGCGUAUUUAUUCUAUUGCCAAAGAUCAGUACGGUUGUCGAUUUCUCCAGCGGAGGUUUGACGAGGGCGUUGCAGAAGACUUGCAGAAGAUCUUCGAGGAGAUAAUCGACCACAUUGUCGAUUUAAUGACUGAUCCAUUCGGUAACUAUCUCGUGCAGAAACUCCUGGAAGUUUGCACCGAGGACCAGCGACUCGAGAUUUUACGUGUCGUGUGCUCUGGAGACGAGCUGAUUUCGAUCUCCUUGAACAUGCACGGCACCCGAGCUGUACAGAAGCUAAUUGAGACGUUGAAGUCCCCUGAACAGGUUUCUAUGAUCACCUCCUCGCUCGAGCAGGGGAUAGUAAUUCUUAUCAAGGACUUGAAUGGUAACCACGUAGUCCAGCGCUGCCUCCAGCGCCUUGGGAACGAGGAGAACCAGUUCAUUUUUGAUGCCGCGGCGCAGCACUGUGUCGAAGUUGGAACCCACAGGCACGGGUGCUGUGUUCUUCAGCGGUGUGUGGAUUUUUCAAAAGGUGUACAAAAGGAGCGCUUGGUUGGAGAAAUAGCCGCCAACGCGCUAGUGCUUUCGCAGGAUCAAUACGGUAACUAUGUUGUGCAAUACAUCUUGGACGAGGCGCCGUGGAUAGCUCCGGAGGUGAUGGCCCAGCUGGAGGGGCACCACGCGCACCUCGCGAUGCAAAAGUUUAGCAGUAACGUUGUAGAGAAGUGCCUGAAGCAAGGGGCGGAUGACAAGCGUGCGCGAAUCAUACACGAGCUAACCAAGAGUGCGUUCCUGGGGCAGCUGCUGCAGGAUCCCUUUGCAAACUACGUGAUCCAGUGCGCGCUUACAGUCACGAAGGGAGCUUUGCACGCGAGCUUGGUGGAAGCUAUACGUCCGCAUCUACCAGCACUGCGCAGCAGCCCAUACGGGAAGAGAAUUUUGUGCCGGACAAACCUUAAGAAGGCGUGAGUUAAGCGGCAAGAGGAUUUUGUCUUUCCGGACAAAGCUUAAGAAGACGUGAGGAGCUCUCGAUAGAGAACCAUUGAUCAAGCGUUUCGUACGGUAACUAGACGGGAAAAUUUUCUCUCCAUGUUUUUGAUCAUUUGCUCUUACUGAUACUUGCGGCAUGUACAUUUGGAAAAUGUAAAACUUUUAUAAAAAUGGAGCCUUGUACGGCUA